AUGAAUAUAGAUCCAUCGAAAAAGGCACAAGAACAGGAAGAGCAGAAUCAGCAAACGACGACAAAGGCGACGACGACGACGACGACAGUGACAACAACAGCUACCACCACCAACAACACGGUACUGGCAUUACUAAUUUCACCCUCAUCGCCCUCGUCAGCGUCGACCGUUUCGCCCACUGCUUCAUCGAUUUCGAAAAACAGCAGCACCGACGAGGUCGAUGAAACUACGGCGGAAGCAGAACCUUCGCAAUCCGAAGCAAACGCUAGCAAAGCACCGGCGACAAAUCGAGGGCAGGACGAUGAACAGCGGCAGCUUGCAGAUGAAGAUGACCACCGCAAUAACAGUACGGCGGUUCGGCAGCAUGAGCAGCGUUCGGGUACGGAAUCGCUCGGCGUUGAGUGUCGGGCCGCAACAACCGCUACGAUGACACUAGCAGUAACGGACACUGCUACACUGCUCGGCCAAUGCAUACAAGAAAACGUGACCACCGAAUUAAGGACACUCGAUGUAGAAGCGGCAGCGAUUGCCCAUCCGUCCGGACUGGGAGACGGUGGGUCUGUGAUGGAGGGUGCAGCAGACAGGGAAAGCGACAGCGCGAAGGAUGACGAUACACUGUCAUCGUUGAUGCAGCCGGUACACGAGUUAACCGCGGAAGCCUUAUCACCAAAAACACCACAACCGUUGUCAUCGAGUUCAAGCUCAAGCUCAUCCACCACCUCAACGCCGUCCGUCGGUGAGGAACGGCGCCUACCGGUUGUGCCGGAAGAGGAUGCGUACGCGGAAGACACCACACCGGCAGGCGAACAGUGUUACCACCAGCAGCCGCUAGCGUCCAACAAUAAUAAACUAGAGGGCGAUCUCACACCAUCGGCGGACAGUGGUGGUAGCGGCUGCAUCAAUGACCGCUUCAACAACAACAGCAAGCGCAGUGAUAGUGACUUUCAAACCGUGGGCGACAGCACGCAAACGAAGGUUAGCGACAGGACUGACGACGACGAUGACAAUGAUGAUGGUGAGCCAGCAACGUCCUUAUCGUCCGCCAGCGGUCACACCGUUGUCGUCGUCGGCCCGCUGUUGGAGGAAGGCGUCCCAACGUCUGGUGCGACACCCGCAACCGAAAUAGCGCUAGGACAAGGCGAACAGCAGAGGUGUGCCAUCGGCAGCUGCACCGUAAAGAUUGUCCCGAGCGACGAACACGAACGGCGACCGGUAGUGUCGCAACCGUUGUUGGGAAAAGCAGAACGUACCGAGGUAGCGAAAACGGCGAAUGACGACAAUAAGUGCGAGCUGUCCGUAGCACCGAUAGAGUUAGUACAAACGUUACCGAUCGAAACGACCGACCCCACGACUACAGCGACACGGCACGGCGGCUUAAUGACCGUUGUCGGUGGUGUAAUAACAGCUGCCGGUGUGACCGUGGCGGCAAAUGAAACGAAUGAAGACAGUGAAGGUGUGGUGUCGUUGGUGGGGACGGACGCGACGGUGCAAACCGUGGAAAGCAAAACGUUUGCCAGUGCCGAGGGUUCGCCACCAUCAUCCUCAAUAUCGUCCACUUCCUCCUCGUCCUCUACGGCGCCGCUAUCACCCCCGACAUCCUCCGUGUCCUCGUUGUCUUCGUCCGAAUCGUCGCCAGAAGUGUUGGCCGAAACCCAACAAGAACCUUCUGGCAAGGGGGAUGGCACUCAACUCGUCGCAGACAAUCGACCGUUAUGUGAUAGUGCACCGAAAGGACACUACCUUGAGGGAGAAAGAUUUUCCGAUGCUGUGCUGCAGCGGUCGCAACCAUCGUCACCACCGUGUUCAGACCUUCGUACGACAGGUGUGGUUCCGCCAUCGGGCACCGCCGUGGACGAAGGUGCCGGCAUUGGUGAGGAACGCACGCAAACCACGACAAGCACGCGUCUUUUAACACUAGCCGAGGAGCUGUCGCAGGCAGCAGCCGUCGCAUCUUCGUCACCGUCGUCGACAUCGUUAGCAGUAAGCGCAACGCCAUCAUCCGCAGUCGUAGAUGUCCUACCAAAGAGUGCUGCCGAUACAGCAGCAGCGGUGGUCAGUGGUAGCAGCCGAAGUGCGUCCCCUGUACUGCACAGUAGUUUGAAGAAAUCGAGCAAAAUGGGAGUCCCAACUGGUGCGGCAGCAGCAACGGCAAAGAGUGAAAAUAGAAGACGUGUGUCCUUUCCGAAGGAUGCGCAGCUUAUCACUGGCUAUCUGGAUCCGGUCAAUCCUUGGGCAAGCAUAUCGAUUUGCGAAACACCGGAGCUGCUGGAGCUGUACCGCAGCUCUUGCCGGCGACACAACACAAUGCCGCUCAAAACGGUACUGGAGCAUCUGCAAUCGAUCGAUGUCACGAAGGGCCGUGUGCCGUUACUGUCGCUCAAAGAUCAACAUCUCAGCUACAGCGGAUGUGAAGCGCUGGAAGAGAUCUUCAAGCAUGUGCAAUAUCGAUGCAUAGAUCUUUCGCACAGUGGGUUGGACGAUGUGACGGCAACCGUAAUGUUCGACAUCAUCGAGUACUACGAGGCGGCGAAUGAGCUGGACAUAUCGGACAAUCUGCAGAUGUCGGGCAAAAGCUGGACGGCUUGCAUUAACAUGAUCAAGAAGAGUCAGGAGCUGAACGUGCUGGUGUUGCGCGGUCCCGCAUUAUCCGACUACCAGGCGAAUAAUCUCGCUAAAGCGCUGAAUACCUCCGCCAUACACACGCUGAAGCUGGAACAUUGCGUGCUUAGCCAGCAACCGAUCGCAUCGCUUUGCACCAUUCUGAAGCGCAACAAGGUGUUGCGGGAGCUUUGGUUAGCGCACAAUCAGCUGAGCUGCGAAGAUGCGCUACAGAUCGCAAAUCUGCUACGGGCGAACUUUUACAUACAGCUGAUCGACAUUUCGAACAACAUGAUCGGGGACAAAGGGGUGGAGCACAUUGUCAGUGCGAUUGUAGAACAGGCGGUACACUUUAAGGACGUGCAGGACAAGAAGCGUAAAAGUGAACUAAGCUUUUCCGAUUUAUCGAGCAGCCUGAACAGCAUCAACAGUGCGAAAAACUACUUCCCGCAGCGGUUGCGAUCGUCCGAUUCGGAUACAAUUGCCAGAACGGCCGAAGCCGAUCUGAAUGUGUCACCUUCGACCCUAACACUCACACCACCAGUAACGCCACCGUCGACUCCCGCUCUUCCAUCGUGUGAAAUGACCACGGAGGAGAAGGUGAAAAAGGUGGCCAGCGGAAGGUUGGAAACGUCAAACGGCAACACCGACACCACCACCACCACCACCUCCAUUACCUUCGCGGUAGAAGAUGCGGCCACAGUGUAUACGAUGCAGCAGCCCGACAAUGAUGAAACGAACCCACCACUACCUCCAUCACCACCCACACCGCAAACGCCCGGUGCUGUUGCUCCAACGAACGUGAAUCUAGUGGAACUGAGUACAAAACAUAGUGUAAGUCUACAAACAACUAGUGAUAGAGAGAAGCUGGACAUGGUGGCGCGCCCCGUAAUGAUGACGGCCGAGGAAGAAGCACUGAUGAAUUCCUCUAGCGCUGGAGCAACAGCAGGGACGGCAACUCACCCAGCGGCAUUGGGCGAGAGUGAUGAGAGCAAGACGAUGAGCACCUCAGCGGAAACAGUACAAACCGACCAGCAGGAGUCGACGGUUGUGCAAGCAAAUGUGGAUUGUGUGGAGUUGUUGGUGAGCUUAGACGAUUCGCAUUCGGAUAGUCCGGUACCGCAGGCGCCCAAAAAGCCCCGAUUGGCAAAGCAGGACAGUGUCUUGACGGAGUUUGAGGCAUCGCUAUCUACGGCCAUGGAAAUUGGGGACCAAAGAGAAGAGGAAGAAAAGGCAACGAAUGUUUCGGAACGCGUUAGGACACCUGAACAGCAGGUUACCAAGGAAGGCGCGAGAGCAAACAUGAUGGAAGAAGACGUCCCUGAGCUCUGCACCGAUUACGAUGAUGAUGGUAGCAAUUUAAGAAUUUCGCAAGAAAAUCUCUUCGUCGAUCUUGGCAUACCCGCCCUGAGCGAGGAAGAGCAAUCGGAAACGAGAAGUGCUUCCGUCGAAUCGUCCGGGGAUGUGUUUUCGCCGCUCGCUCCACCGUCGAAGAAGGAUGAGUUUCAGCUGUUGAUUGAAAAGUCGCAGCAGAAAGAGAAGGCUCCGCAUGCUGAAUGUGCUGAAGUUUCGCUGCAGGGUACGGGUACGAGUUUGGGACAGCGUGAUGCCAUGUUGACGGGAACGGAAACGAUGGCCGGAGUACGAGAAAGAAAAAGUGCCAUUAGCAGUGAUGAGCGAUCGGAUCCACCGUCAACCAAGAAGAAGGAUCGUACGCAGUCGAGCAGCAGUGAUAGUUGCGCCGUGGAGCAGGGAAUUCAGAUGGUGAAUGUUGCUAUCAAGGACAAUGUGCCGCUGUCCCGCUCGCUCGAUUCGGUCGGCGGUGAUGGUGAUUCUGACUUUGAAAGCAGCAGCCCGUUCCGAACGACGGCUCCCAGCACCUUCCCGAACGAGCGUUCGUUCAGCUCCGAGAGCCUAAACAGCGAAACGUCCAUCGAUUCGAAUGAUUCGAAAUCAAGCCUUAAAAUACACGAGUCCAAGUUUGCCGCCAAAAACGGUACACUGGAACGGCAGCAGUCGAAUGUGAACCGUGACACGGUUGGCACGGAACAAACGGCAAGCAAUCCCUGCGGGCUGCAAGUGUUGGUGCUAUGGAACAAUGAAAUUACCCGCAACUCGGCACGCCACUUUCAACGGCUGCUGGAAAGGACUAGCACGCUGGACACGCUGAACGUGGGCAGCAAUCAGCUGUGCAACAGCUUCGUUACCGGAAUCAGUGGGAGCUUAAAGGCGAACACGACGCUCACAAAUCUCGGACUGCAAGGAGCGCAUCUGUCGGACAAAGGUGUUAAGACGAUGGCGGAGAUCAUCGAGUUCGGUGGUAAUUCAUCGCUGCAGAGAAUUGAUCUAAGACAUAACAACAUUCAGAAGGGUGGCUUAGAGGCGUUAAACGAAGCGAUGAAGUCCAACAAAUCACUCACCCGUAUCGAUCUGGAUGACACACCGCGAAGGAUCAAGGAUACUUCGCUCGAUGGCGUAGGAUCGGAGUACAGCCGGUUGGUGAACAACAUUCGGGCCCAGUGCGAACGCAACAAGAACCCUCCGGAACCGAGCGAACCCAUCAGCACCUCGGUCCGACGUGCCCGGGCAAAUUAUCUCAGUUCGCGCAAGAUAUCCCUCACCUGCCCAUCGAUCAAAACGUCACCGAGCGCGAUUGCGGACAAGCAGCAUCUGCUCGAUCCGAACGGUGGGUGCAAAAAGGCAGCGACCGGUGGUCGUUUGCGUUCACCAUUGCCCAGUCCCAUUCCUUCACCGAUUGCCUCGCCGGUACCGAGUCCGUCCCGCAACCGAUUCCAUGUUUCGCGCGUGACCGAUUCAACCGGCGGGGGGUCCGCCUCCUCACCGUCGCCCUCGUCGACUGGCAGUUCGCCGACGCUGUUCUUUCCCUCGAACUCCCGGUUUCGUGUGGUGACGGUGGCCGAGCCGGAUCUCGCUGGUGCUAAAAGUGCUAACAAUCCGUAUCGUAGUAGCAGCACGAUCAGUCUACCCAUGAGCAAAUCUUCCACCUCAUCAUUUGCCGUGGGCACUACCGGUACCGGAACGGCAUCGCCGACCACGAUCAAUCGGCGUCCGGUGUGCAGUUCCGCACCGACACUCUCAUCCUUUCCUUCGUCGCCACUGUCUCCACUGGCUGCGGGUGUGCCGGUGGUGGGACGCACGGGAAUAGCUAGCCAAACACCAUCCCCACUGUUGCCACCUUCAUACAGCAGCGGGAGUAACAGUACGUUCCAUACGACAAUGCUAUCAUCGCCACUGAUCACACCGGCUGCGGGAUUAAUGGCAGGAUCAUCACCUACCAUGCCCACGCUACUUCCAGUCCCAAACACCGCGAUGCCUUUGGGAGUUACACAGGGUACACUGCUACAGCAGCAACAGCAACAGCAGCUUCAAUACCAGCCACUACCACCACCACAGAUCGUACCAAUGCUGCAUCAGCAGCAGCAGCCGCAAAACUAUCACUUUGUCACAACGUUCGGUCCGGGCGGCAACACAACCGUUCCUCUUCAGCUAACCCAUGUACAGAAUUACACCACCGAACCACUACUUUCAUCUACGCUACAACCACAGAUCGUACACCAAACCACGUACGUCCAACAACAACAACAGAUUCCACCACAACAGACACCAUCAGGCACGGGCAAGGUGCGUCAGCAUGCAUCUGAAUCAGCUAAUCAGCAUAGCAGCAGCAACAACAGUAGCACCCUACACGAUUCCGUACUUUCCUCUACCAGCAUCGAAAGUCCCGAUCUGGAGGUAAAGCGAUUUAUGUCCGGUGGUGUCAUGCUGGACGAUAGCUGCUGUUCGUCGAUCAGCAGCAACAGCAUUGAUUCGAUCGAUAAUGCUAACUUCAACAUCAACACCUCCAUUAGCUCGACGGAUGAAAGUUUCGAUUUGAUUGUCAGCUCACCACCGCCGGUUACUGCUACCUCGACCGGGUGUUCCGGUGCCAUCCCCAGCACGGUCCAGUUGGUACUAGCUGCUAGAGAUGGUUCGUCAGACUCAAGCAAUAACGUUAGCUCCACAUCACGCGUCCUGGAGGAGGAGAGUACGCUCAUUCCAAGGGUGUCGGUGCCCAACGUCUCGCUGCCAAGUGGUGAGGCGCUAAAAGGGACGCUAGAUGCAUCGACAAGCGGUUCCAGUAUGGUACACGUGAAUCUAGCCAGCUCGCAAGAAUCACUGUACGAUGUGCACGAUUUGUCAGGAUCCUCAAACUCUCCAUCCAUGUCGGCUGCAGCAAACUAUGCACAUGCUGCAAAGUUGCUGCCGGCAUCCUUGGGUGCUAGUGCUGUUCCCGCACCAAGCACGGCAGCUACGGGAAUGGCACCAUUGGUGGGCACCAAUAACUCCAACGAAAGCACGCUCACAUCGGUGCAAAACCUCGAACGCGAACCAACAGUUACCAAGGUUGCGAGUGAGAAGCCACCACGCGUACGUAAAACGUCUUGGAUACUGGGCGGCAGUGGUGGUAGUGGAAGCAACAAUAAGCACACCGAUUCAGGCUCGAGUGGUGGCAGCACACCGACGCCCAGCGGUGGUAGUGGCUACCCGCCAGCCAUCGAGAAGCUGCUCAGCAUCUUUAAUCCGAGCAAUUUGUUUUCGUCGAACCGAUCAUCCGUAUCCGCCAGUCCACCGCCGGCAGCCGCGCAGGAAGGGGUGGCUCACAGCGGUGGAUCACAGCCACCAUCGCGCAAGGAAAGUCCCAUGGGUGGUUUGUUUCACUGGGCGCAUCACAGUACCGGCAGUAGCAACAAUACCAGUGCCAACACUAGCCCAACCGCAGCCAAAAAGGAUGACGAUCGUGCGGUGCUGAAGGUAAACGUUUCGCCCGAAACGACCCUCACGCCGCAACAGCUACAACCGUUGCAGAAUCAGGUACAUCUUCAAACGAUGGCGGCAGGACACCAUCAUCAACAGCAAAGCGUCGAACAUAUGCCACCACAGUUGAAGGUCGAGAUGAAGGAAAACAUUUCGCCGGAAAACACGAUCACUAACAAGCUGCUACUUUCCUCGAAUGCAGCUCCGGUCAGUGCGGCCUCCUUGGGCGGUAUGGAUGCAUUAUCAACCGUUGCGAUCGUAUCCACACCGACAGUGAGCGUGCCGCUAGUUGGUGGCGUUACUCAGCAUACGAAGGUAAUCUUUCAACUCGGUGGAGAUUACGACGAAUUGGAGGAUGAUAUCGAUACGCUCACGAACAAAUACGGUAACCAUCCGAGCUUGGGUAGCGGUGGUGUGGCGACUGGUACUGGUGGCGGUGGAACUGGAAUACACUAUUUCGGUGGUGUCGGUGGCAUUCAGCAAAGCGGACCAAACAGUCUGCUGGGCGGAAGUACAACGAGCAACAGUAGCGGUAUUAGCAUCGGCAGUGGAACCAGUGCCGGUGAUAUGAUGAGCGGUAGUAGCGGAAUGGUCGUUUCACCAUCUCCGAGUGCUACCAGUGGCCAGUCGGCCACCUCGGACACGGUCGUUGUGUUGAGCCAUCUCGGACAGAUUGCUCGUGAUUCGCUCAGCAUGUUCAAGAAUCCAAGUCUCACCUCACAGGAUUCGAUUUCGAUCCGUUCGAUGGAUUCGCUGACGGAGAUAGGAAGUGAUAGUGCAUCCGGCACUGGUAAAACCGCAUCAAUGGCCGCUCCACCUUCAUCGCUGCUCGAUGUCUCAACAGCCGGCCGUAAAGACGUACCAGCAGCGGUACCAACAACAUCGACAAGAACUUCUUCAUCUACAUCAUCAACCACAACACAAAUAUCACCAUCCGCAACAGCAGCACCAUUGGCUGACAGACAGGAAACACGCUAGGGAACAUGGAAUGAACGAAGGGUGAUAGUGGAAGUACUUAUCUAAACCAUCCAUACUGGUUCAUCUGUGUGAUUUACUAUUGAUUAGUUUCGUUCCAUACAAACGAUUUGCCUUGAUCUUACUUUCAGUUAGUGCGCUUUCUUAACAAGGGGAUACGUAGUUGCCUACAUGCUGGAUUCUUGUCUUUUGCGGUGUCUCUCGCUAUGCCAAACGUUCUGUUAGUCACAAUUAUGGCAUUUCUUUGUUUUUAUUUAUGAACUAUUUCGGAAUAAUUUCAAUGAAGUAAUCGAUGGUUAGCCAUUACGUUGCGUUACGGUACGACUGGCUCAAAUGUACUAAGUGAACAAAAGGGGUGAAAAAACACAUGUUACGUUUUGUGUUUAAAAUUGUGAAACUUUUCGCAAUACCCAAGGAUAUAUCGGUCGGUUUGAUGCUUGUGCUCUCAUUACAUCCGUGCUUUCAGUCCUCUUAAAAAAAGAAACAUAAUGUGCCUUCUUGAAUAAUUGAAUCAAUUUAAUCAUGAACUGAGAAAUUGAAUGAAACGCGAUCGUAAAGCGGAGUUAGUUGAUCAUCUGUAAACAAAAAAAAAAGAAAACAGAGAGCCCGGGAUAUGAAGCUAAACGUGAGAGAAAAAUACAUCUGCUACGAUGUACAAUGAUUGCAUUAUUGGAUGAACAGCAACAACAACUUUGAUAUACUAUAACUGACUGAAUAGAAUAUAUACAUAACUAUGAAACUAAACAAACCAACAAAAAAAAGCAAGCAAGCAUACAAAAGCGUGAUCGCGCGUGCUUUACUACACUGCAAUUAGGACUGAAGAAAGAGCGAUAGCAAAGCCGCCCCUGGGUCCUGGGUACAAAUGAGUUCGGAGUAGAGCCAGUUCGGACUUUUGAUUUGAGUUUAACUUAUUUUCAAACUAUUUUUCGAUAUGGUUUUAUUUAUGAUCUUCUUUAAUAGAACAGGGAAAACUACGAUUUGCAAUAUAAUUUUGUUCUCGAAUAUGGAAACGGUUUGCAAUGCUAAUAUCAAUAGCUAGUAGAAGCUGACUUUAAAGUGAAGAAGAAUCGAUCUGCAAUAAGAAAGUUUUUUUUAAAUUAGUAAUGCUUUGAAUGAAUGGAAAACAAUCCGCAGCUGCAGCGCAUUGUUGAGCAUUUGUUUUGCUACAAAAAUUAAUAAGAUCGUACGAAGGAUUUUGGCAUUAAUCAUUUUGGCUCGUUGCCGAGCUGCCGAUGCCGAGAAGAUAGAUAAAUACAAACGAUUACUUUGCCGUAAAACACGUAAUUAGUGUCCUGUGCGCUAAUGUGCGCCGUUGUACACUAGUGAUGCCGGUUGCUUUUGAUCCGUUCGGCCUUCUUCCGUGCGACAGCUAGUUGGCAACAUGCAGUGACAAACCAAUUAAUCAUGGGCGAGCGCGUAGAACACCUGUGGUUUUCUUUUUUUCCACAAAAGACAAGAAUUCUGGCUAAUAGGAAUAUGUGUCUCUUUGAACAAUAAUUGCGCCAAAAUUUAUGUUCGCGGUACACAGAAUUACGUCUUUAGGCAACAGGCAGAUGAAAGUAUUUUGAUCAUUAAAAUUUAAUCGAAAAUUUAAAAAAAAACCUCUUACGUUAAACAUUUGAUUGUGGAAAAAGGUUGUUGAAACUUAAGGAGAAAAAUUUAAAAAAGAGAAUCGCAUCGUAACGAAGUACUAUAAUUUUGCAUCC